AUGGCGGAUUAUGAAGAAGGCCAAAGACUUGUCCUCCUCGACCUCCCGGAUGAGGUCCUCGCAGAACUUGUCGAGUGGCUACCAACGCGUCAUAUCAAGGGCAAUGCAUGGAGACAUCUCUCGAUCCAUUGUCUCUCGAAAUGCAGCCGAUUCAAGGAAUUUCUAAGUUGCCAUCCGCGCCGGCAUCUCUAUGUCCGGUACCUGGAAUUUGGGGCGGACUACCGAGAUGUGGUAGAAACGGAUAACUUCCACCAAGAGUUGGCAGCGAUUGCCUCGCUAUGCCCCAACCUGGAACACUUGUGCAUCCAGCAAUGCAACAACCUGGCAAUUGUGUCCCUCAAGGACCAGGUCAUGGGAUGGGAAACAGCACUGGCUUCUCGAUUCGGAUCGUUCAAUUUCGACAAGCUGCGAUACUGCUAUGCCACGCUUUGGCUCUUACAACCCAGACUACAACGGCCAUUGAUUCUACCUCUGCUGAGUGCGCAGCGACUUGUCGACCUGACCCUCGAAUGCUCCGAUCUUCGUCAACUCGGACUGGAUUCCAUUCCCAUACACUCCACAGCUCUUAAGAGGCUCAAGCUUUCCAUGUGUCGGCUCGACCAGCCCACCCUCACCGCCAUUCUUGGUAUUCCUCGCUCGCUGACUACGUUUGAAAUCACUCCGCAGGUUCAUCACCACUACGAUCGUUCCACUGAAGUAGAAGGUUAUCGCCUCCUUCUGCUGGCCGUGGAGCUCCUCAUCCGCUCUCAGCCAAAUUUAAUAUCUCUUGGACUGACAUUCCGGGACGGUUCGAGGUUCGAAUCUGGGAAAUUGAAUGAUUUAUUCGACUUUUCCCGGUUGAGCUCGCUCACGAAGCUCACCAUCCACGCAACGAACACCAGUGGCUUUAGACCGUAUACACAGGAUUUUGUGGCCGAUUUCUUGUGGUGCCCGAUGAAUGCCCUCGAUAAGCUGCCUGCUGGCCUCAAGGACAUCUUUCUCGUGUCCGAGACCGAAGACAUCGACCUGGAUGGGUUGUCGGAAGCCUUGCUCAAACAGCGCACCGCGGGGAAGAGUCUUCCUGCAUCACUGCGGCUAUAUUGUGAUGUAGAGAUGGUCCACGAACAGAUCUUCACAGAGGUGGAGCAGCCUGAAGAGGAUGCAUGUCCUCGAGCCAUCGACGUCCUCAUGACGCAGCUUUCGUUUGUUCAGGUCAGGUAUUCGAAGCAAUGGGUCGUGAUUGACAGAGAGGAAAGAGUUCCGCGUGUCACCAAUUACCUCGAAUCGCUAGAAGCGAACAGAACAGCCGAGGGCGUCAGCGUCAAACGAUCCCUAGAACAAUCCUAA